CCUGUGCAUUAUGUGCGGGUAUGUAACUGCAUCUUGUGCAUCAUAUUGCGCUUAUUGUUUUUACUUUAACCAAAAUUUACCAAAAAUCCAUCAUCUGUUUUACAUAUGUUACAUAUGUUGAACCAUCCUUAGUAAAUCAACAGAAAUACUUUUGUGACGUCAUAAGGCGCAAACUAAUUUGACAGCUGUUGUUGUAAUUCUAUGUUCAGACUCUUGUAAAUAUCUCGGAAAAUAUGCAAGAAUACACAUAAACACAUAAAAAUGUCGAAGUAUUGAAUAUAAAAAAAUAUUUAUUAAAUUUUUCUUUAGUUUCGUAUCUGCGGUACUUGCAUGUCAAUCUGGUUUUAGUUUAUUGCCAGCAGGGGGCGUUUUAAAUAUGUAGAGAAAAUAUGACAUUUAAUUUAUUUAUAUUGAGGAAAGGAGAGAAAAUUCUGUCCUAUCAGCGAUUGUAUAAACAAAUUGUAAAUGUAACUUAUAUCGAAUUUACAAAUAACUUAAUAAUUAUUUUAAAAAUGAGUGUAAACGAAGUUAGUGAAAAUAGAAAAUGUAGAUUGUGUGGUUUUGUCGAUGUGAACAACAAAAAUAUUUUCACAGGAUUUGAUGAAGAUCUGGUAGCGAAAAUACACACAGUUUAUCCAAUUCUGUUAUAUCAAAAUGAUCCCCUGCCACAGAAUAUUUGCAACAAAUGUGUAUCCACUGUCAAUAUGCAAUACAACGAAGUAACGCGCAUUGUCAGACAACAGAAACUGUGGGCUAACAAUGUACGCAAGCAGCAACCGGAGCACAAUUUUAUUAAAAUUGUUAAUUUUAUUGAGGAUGCUAGCAGCGAAUAUCAAAAAUCCAUUAAAUUUAAUUUUGAUGAAAAUGUCAGCACUAACCUGCUUAAUCGCUUUCUGCUGCUAAAUAACGCAAUGUCUCCUACACAAAAAUGUGAUGAGAACAAUGAUGUACAAAAUACUACUACUUGUUCCACGACUGAUAUAGCAAGCGACAUAGAUGAUAAAUAUUGCUUAAAAAGCAACAGCGUUCCAACAACUAAUAGUGAUGAUAACAUAGCAGAAAAUGUAACGCUACCCAGCGAAGUGAUUGCAUUGCAAAACGUAAAAGCAGUUCUAGACGACAGCGACAGUAAGGAGGAUGUUAAAAUUCAAUUGGCUGCAUUAAACGCAAAAAAUACUGAAGCAGUGAAUCUUACAGAAAAUCUCGAAAAUAAUAUAAACGAAAACAAUCCUAUAGACGAAUCACAAACAAAUAAUGUAGGCGUGAUGAAUACAGACAUUUUGCACACCUUUCCUUGUCAAUAUUGUUCAGACUCGUUCCAAACAAAUGCCGCUUUAGUAAUUCAUCAACUAAAGCACAUGCGCUUAAAAUUACCAAAAAUAUUUAUGAAAAAAAAUUUAUCGAAGCCUUUAAGACGUGGAAGACUUGCAAAUGGACACAGAAAUAUACGUUGCGUGAGCUGCUGGCAGAUUUAUUCAGAUAAGAGGGCUAUAUUGAAUCACUGGGGGGCAAAUGAAUGUGAGUUUUAUUGUGCAAUAUGUGGAAAAGAAUUUAUUGAUAAACCGAUCAUAUUAAAACAACAUUUGCUGGAAGAGCACGGAAUUAGUUAUCAUUCUUUGCAACAACAACGGGAAAUAAUGAAAAAAUUACGAAGCGGUUGCGAUUAUAAUUCACUGAAGACUCAAACUAAAUCUAAGAGAUCGAAAAAGGCAGACACAAAAAAUUUUAUAAGUGUAUCAAAUUGCAGUGAAGGCAGUGAAUUACCUAUAAAAAUAUUAAUUGCGAGAGCUGAAGCAGUAAAACCAGAAUUUUUAGAAAAUAGUGACGGUCGAGUUUUAUGUGAGAUUUGCUUACAUCCAUUUAAGUCUCUGAAAGGGCGAAAUUCCCACAUGAAGGUACAUAAACGACGAAAAGAUCUAGAAAACAACGUUGAAGUAAGUGAAAAACGCCAAACUGAAAGUGUUACUGAUAUACCCGAUAAAGAUGAUCAACCCAACAAAAAACUGAAAAGUUCAAAUAUUGAUACAAAUUUAAGUGAAGUGAAGAAUAUUACAAUCAAUGAAGAAAACAAGAAUACCUCCAACGAAAUGGAAAAUCCUCCCGUCAAUAUAAAUAGUGAAAAUACAAAAAUUAGUUUACCUAUAGAUACAGUAAAUUCAGACGUUAAUGAAAGUGAUAGUAUAAAAGAAUGUAAAACUGUUAUUAAGACAGAGUCUGAAACUAAUAUUAAGGAAACUAAUAUUAAGGAUAUAAGUAACAAAAUAGAGGAAAAAGUUUCAGUAAUUGUUAAUAUACCUAAAAAUGUAAAUGAAGAUAAAGAAAAAAUUACAACCACAAAACCGAUCAGUUGUAGUCCAAUAGCUGCCAGCACUUCUCCCGUGAAAGAGCAAACAUCUCCCAUAAAAGAGCAAGCAUGCAAUGAAAUAACACGUGUAAAUUUUAUAAAUCCCAAGCCACCGCCAACCAACCCAACACCGAAAAUCCCCACUGAUAACUUUACUCAAAACCAAUUCAGAAUAUCUCACAAACCCUCUGAGACUCGCACUGAAAUUCGAACUGAAAGUCUCAAUAAUAAUCGUUUUCCACACACUAAUAUAAGUCCAACCUUAAAUACCCAUUCAUCGAUUCAUAAUAUAAAUUUCAUUUCUCCUAAUGAUCUCCCUACUAUAACUAACAACAAUCAACUGUACAAUUUGUUGAUGAAUAAUAAUGAGUUUUCUGCAAGAAUUCCUGAAUCCAACACAACUUACAACAAUAUUCUGUACGGUUCAUUAGUGCAUAAUGCUGCAAACUACGGCCAUGUCAAUGAUUAUACGAACAUUGCUCACACUAUUCCAAGCAAUUCACUAGGAAAUAAUCAUUUAAAUUAUGGUUGCCCAAAUAUGUUGCCCACCGCUACUAAUCAUGGUAUUCCUUACCAACAGAUGGUGAAUAGUAACAUGAAUUUCGCCACAACCAAUGAUAUGCCAAGAAUUAUUCAAAACAAUCAUCCCACCAAUUCACUAAUCUAUAAUCCAAAUACCCAUAAUAUUAAUAAUUAUGCUGGCAAUUUGCCGUGUAGUGCAAUACCGAAUACCCAUGCAAACUAUCCCAUCAACAAUAACAUGGGCGUAUGUGCAACAAAUUCGCAAAUCCAAAGACCAAUAACCACAAAAAAGUGUGGUAUACGUACAAAAUAUGUGGAACCACGAGAUAAGAGUAGAUUCCCAAAACCAGGCGAAACAUAUCACGAUAAUGGUCAAAAGUUUUCCCUACAACAAUAUAAACAACAAUAUAAGCAACAAUAACAACUACAAAAUUCCUCCUUCACAAAUAUUGUCAUUUCACCUCCAGUUUUGGAUCAAAAAGACAUUAAAAAAAACUAGAUGUAUAAAAAGUUAGUAAUAAGUAUAAAUGUUUUUUAUGUGAU